AUUAUACAAAACAUUUAAAGAUGACAAAUACGUUUACAUGUUGCUGGAGGUUUGCUUGGGAGGUGAACUUUGGACAUUAUUACGAGACAAGUAUGAAUCUAGCAGAAAUCAUGCUUCAAACUAAAUAGUAGUAUACUAAUUAAUACUAUUGUCAUUUUACUUAAUUCCAGAAGCCAGUUUGAUGACAUGGCAGCACGUUUUUACGUUGCCUCCGUGGUGGAAGCAUUUUCCUAUCUUCAUGGACGAGGAAUCGUUUACAGGGACUUAAAGGUAGCCUAAAUAUAAGAUUGCAUUGUUAUCUAGUAUGCAUAUAUCACUUCAUUUUUUUAUUCGGGGCAAAUUGCCCACUUUGCCCCUCUUCUGGUCGCCCCUGAUUUUUAUUAGCCAAACCGGCCCUAAUGUAAUUUAAUAAUUUAACUAAUUCUUUUAAUUUUUAAUUCUAGCCGGAAAACAUGUUACUUGAUAGUCAUGGCUUCGCCAAACUGGUAAGAUAGAUAAUCUCAUGGCAUGCAAGGAUAGCCCUGUAUCAGACAUAACUCCAAAUCCGUCCAGCGCUUGCUGUGUAAACUCAAUUUUUGUUUCCUCUUGUGUCAGGUUGAUUUUGGAUUUGCGAAGAAAAUUGGUUUUAGCAACAAAACGUGGACAUUUUGCGGGACGCCAGAGUACGUUCCUCCUGAGAUUAUUUUGAACAAGGUAAGAACAUGCAAGGAAACACUUUGUAGUCAAUAUAUACAGCUCAUUUUAAUCCGAUUUGUCCUCUGAAAGUUAAACCUUACAACCGCAAAAACCUUCGAGUUUAGGGUAAGAAUUGGAGAGAAUCGGCAUUUGUAAACAGCGAGACUUACGCCAGUAUUCUAAAAGCUCCCUCCUGUCCUUUCAAAAUUAGAGCCGUUUCCUUAUAGGAAACGCUUUUCCCAUAUUAUUUUGGCAAUCAUAUUUCUCGCAUUUUCGCAGACUCGCACAUGCGCUUGGCGUUUGACCGCGGUGUUACAAUGCACUUUAUUUCACGUAGCUAUAUUCAUGUACGAUUUUUAUUCAGGGUCAUGAUUUUUCGGCUGAUUAUUGGUCACUUGGCAUUCUCAUUUUUGAAUUGGUCACUGGAAAGUAGGUUUUUCCUUUUUUCUUAUGAAUUGUCGGUCUCACCGAGCAUCAUCGCCAGUAGCGAAAUUUUCGGACUGUUUUGAUAACUAGAAUCUGAUAAGUGUUUUCAAUAAAAAAUAUCUGUACAAUAAAAAUUAUCUGAGUGUAUCUAUCCAAUGUUUAUUGUUCUUCAGCCCUCCAUUUACAAGCAAUGAUGCAAUGAAGACAUACAAUAUUAUACUGCGUGGUAUGGAUGUUUUGGAGUUCCCGCGCAAAGUUAGUAAGAAUGCGGGCAAUCUCAUCAGAAGGUUGUGUCGUGACAGCCCGACCGAGAGGCUUGGGUAUCAGAAAGAUGGCUUGCAUGAUAUCAAAAAACAUAAGUAAGUGUGCCGUGUAUCUGUGGCCGUCGCGAAGAAUCUUAAACUAAAUUUUCAAGGGAUUUUUAAUAUCUAUACUACUACUACUACAAUAGCUAUACUACUACUGCAAUAUCUAUACUACUACUACUACAAUAUCUAUACUACUACUACAAUAUCUAUACUACCACUACAAUAUCUAUACUACAAUAUCUAAACUACAAUAUCUAUACUACUACUACUACAAUAUCUAACUACUACUACAAUAUCUAUACUAUUACUACAAUAUCUAUACAACUACUACAAUAUCAGUAUACUAUUACUACAAUAUCUAUACAACUACUACAAUAUCUAUACUACUACUACAAUAAUAGCUAUAUAACUACAAUAUCUAUACUACAGUAUUAUAGCAGAAAGAUGCUUCCCAACAAUCCGAACCAAUGUGUUUUCACAGUGUGUGUAUCUAUAAACAGUGACUUCAAUUUCUUUUGCGAUAGAUGGUUUCAAGGAUUUCAUUGGCAAGGUCUUGUAGAUCGCUCGAUUCAACCACCAUACAAACCCAAG